CAGGUGCUCCUCUCUGGCUCACAACUAACAAAGACAUAAAAUGGAGUUGCCUCUACCUGGUUGAGAACAUAUUGUGCUUCGAUCAGUAUUAUGCGAUCACUUUUAUUUUAUUUUUAAGGUCGUUUGAUAAAUAUUUGUUAAUUAAGUCGGCAGAGGCACAAGAAAAGCGAUUAAAAAUGUUUUGGACGAUAAUCGUCGGAGUUUUAAUGGCGACAGAGACCACCCUGGCCAUCUCAGUCCAAUGUCCCACCAAGAAGUACGUCGUCAUCCUCUUUCAGCCAGUCACCCUCAACUGUCAGUUCCAAACAUCUUUCCCUCAGUCUGCUAUCCUCACAUGGAAGUACAAAUCAUACUGCAAGGACCCAAUCCAGGCUGCUCUCAGUCCCAGCAGUGCAGAUAAUGCCUUGGCGCAAAAUAAUCCGAACUAUAACCCCAGCAUCGAGUGUGCGGACAGCCAGAGAACAGUCCGCAACGUGGCCUCCAAGCAAGGCACCUCCGUCACUCUGAGCAAGGACUACCAGGGUCGCAAGAUCAGCAUCAUGAAUGAUGCAGAGCUGAACAUCGCGCAAACAGCGUGGGGGGACAGCGGUGUGUACAUCUGCUCUGUGGUUUCAUCCCAGGAUCUGACAGGAACUGGUGAAGAUUACGUUGAACUCAUUGUACUUGAGAGAAAGUCAAAUACUACUGACCUCCUGCCUGGCAUUGACUUACUGGUUAUGGAAGACUGGCUCCUGGUGCUUUUGGUGGUUUUGGGCUUUUUGUUACUGCUCAUGCUGAUCGGGAUCUGUUGGUGCCAGUGUUGUCCUCACACCUGCUGCUGCUACGUCAGCUGUCCCUGCUGUCCUGAACGGUGCUGCUGCCCACGAGCACUGUACGAAGCAGGAAAAGCAGUAAAGAAAGGCAUACCCAGUCAGUACGCCCCCACCCUCUUUGCUCCCAGUAUGUAUAGCCAGCCCAUGUCUGCCAUACAGCUUCAACCUAUGCCCAAUGGCAUGGCUCCUCAGAAUGGUUACGGACGUGACUAUGAUGGUGCCAGCUCAGUGGGGCAGGGAUCACAGAUACCACUGCUGCAUGAUCAAGAUGGUGGAGACAACACUCGCAGUGGUUAUCGUAUUCACGUGGACCCUGAUGGAAAUGCAACGCGUGCCAUUUACUACACGGAGAAGGAACUGGCUUCCUUAAACCCCUCCCGGCCUGCCAACUACAAACGCUUUGACAACAUGAGUGAAGUCAGUUCUCUGCACGACAGCAUGGAGCCUCGAGGCCGCGGGGGCCGUUCCCACGCCCCACCUCUGGCCACCGUCUAUGAUCAAGAUGAAGCCAUGAGCACAAUCAGCAGUGUCUCCCAGCAAGGCCAACGACGGGACGACUACGGACGGCGUGGUGGGGAUUUCAUGGGAGAUCGCGCACGUGCCCGCUCUAUGGAUAACCUCAACGACGCUGGACGGGGGUACAGAGAUGACUACCCCCCAAACAGACGCCCAAAUGAGCCCAGAGGCCAGAGAAUCUCGGAUGACGAGUGGAGCACCAGCGCUCGCAGUGGCUACGAUCGAGACUACGAUGACCGCAGACGUCGUGACUAUUCUCCUGACAGUCGUAGGAGAAGAGACGAUGGGGGCUCCAGCGACCUGGUGGGACGACGCAGCCGCAGUCGUGACGAUCUGAUUGAGCUGGAGCGGGAUUACCGGUGUGGCGAUGGCAGCAGGUCUGGCCGGGAGGCUUACGAUGACAGUUUCCUGCGAGAAGCCAUGGAGAGGAAGAAGCUGGGCGAGCAGCAAAGGGCACGCAGCCGGGAGCGCCUGGAUAGUGAAAGCGACCGCUUGGAUCGGGACAGGGCGCCACGUGGGCCCCCACCACUUCCUAUGAGCCCCCCCUCUGGAUAUCCUGGUCGCCAUGAUGACUACCCAUCUUCACAGCCGCCUUCAUACAGUGACAAUGAAAGUGUGCCGUCUUCAAAGAAAAGCAAUCUUCGCAAGAAUGGAGCUGUGAGUCGGGAGAGCCUGGUGGUGUAAAACCAACCAUGACGUCAGAUUCAGCUUUGAUCUUUUAUUUCAAAAAUAGGUGAUUUCUUACCCUGUAUAUAAAUAUUACUCACACUGCUAGUGCGCUGUGCUGAUUUAUGUUUUAUACUGAGCUCAAAUUGAUGCUGAAUAUUAUAUAUUUUUUUAUUUUUACUGGGAAGAGGUACGUAUAAAAAGUUAAUGUGCUUUUCCUUGUAUAAAGUUUUGUGGCUGCCACAAGUGCCUUAUAUUGUACAGUUUGAACUGAAAUGUAAACUCCCUCAUAAUAAAUCUGUUGUCUGUUUAGAUAUUUACUUUUUGACAUAUAAUUGUUGUAAUUGGGUUCGAUUAUUAACUUGUGGGUAGUUCCAGUGAACAAUAUUUGUGCGGAUUCGACAAGAUCUUUGCUGUUUGUAUAUGUUCUGUUUUUGUACUUGUAAAAAAACGUGUUUUUAAUGAACCUGUGUACAUUUAAAUGGAUUGUUUUUAUCUUUGCUUAUUGCUUGUCAUCGUGUUAGUCCGCUUUUAGAGACCUGCUGAACAAACUACUUUAUAAUUCUACUUUUUCCCCCAAUGUUUUGAUUUUAAUCUGCAGUAAUGCUGUACAGCUGACUAGUUUAUCUCCAAAUAUGCAAAUGUUCAAUAUGAUGUAACUAAAUCUUUUUUUUUUACAAUAAAGCUUUU